AUGGCCUGCAGCUCUCGGGAGUCGGAUCGCCCAACGCCGCCGCCACACUUUCGCAGUGGGGCAGUACCUACCGCUACUUUCGCGAUGACGUCAAGGUGUUCUACGCUGCCGAAGAUGUGGACGACGCCCUCUACUCCUACGCCACCAACCAGGCGUGGUGCUCAGAAGGCGUUAAGCUCAAAAAAAAACACACAAUACAAAACAAAUCAGGACUUUGUGGUGGUGGACCGGGGCGUGACGCCCGAGCUGGCGGAGCAAUACGGGGAAAUGGCCCAGUUCCCGCUCAUGGGCCAGGCAAUCGUGAUGGCCUACAACCUCCCCACCUUCAACACCUCCGACCCCAGGCUGGUGAUCGACCGCGCUACGCUGGCGGCGAUCUGGGCCGGCGAGAUCACGAUGUGGAAUGAUCAGGCCAUCGUGCAGCAUAACUUGGGGCUCGAGCCCAAGCUGCCAGCGCAGCCGAUCGUGCUGGGCUACAACCGGGAGGCCAACGCCGUCUCGGCCACGGAGGUGCUCAAGCGCGCCCUGGAGGGCUUCAGCGAGGGCUUUCGGAGCGCCCUGGCGGCAGCCAACCGCACGUGGUCCCUCAUGCCCCCGGCCCUGAACGGCACCGCUGUGCUGGCCGGUGAGACCUCGCAGGCCCGGCUCGCCUGGCUCAAGGCGCAAGACUAUGGGCUCACGUUUGCCAACUACGGGGCGGCGGUGAGCGCAAGCGUGCGGUGGAUGCACAUGAAAAACAGGGCCGGGCACAGGGUGCAGCCGUCGGUGGCCUCGGUGCAGUCAGCCAUGAGCGACUUCAGCGACGAGUUCACGCAGAGCAACUUCAGCAUCGACAUCUACGACGCGCCGGGCAACAACUCGUGGCCGCUCGUCUACAUGAGCUACCUCACCAUGUUCCGGGACAUGAAGGCCUUCGACUGCGCCGGAAUCCAGGAACUGCUCGCCUUCGUCGCCUGGAUUCAGACCAACGACGCUGCGUCAGAAGCGUCGGCAGCGGCGAAUGUGGCGCCGCUGGAGGCGCGUCUGCGCGACCGGCUCAUCGACCUGCUGACCACUGUGCAGUGCAACCGAGCCCAGGCCUACUCGACCGCCUUUCUCAUGGGCAUCGGUUCGCCGCUGCCGCUCUACACGUCGUGGGCCGUGUCGUGGACUUCGGCCUCGACCCGCAUGAAGUACUUCCUGGGUACUUCGAACAACGCCAAGCAGUACCUGUCCGAGUACGACGUCGACUUUGGCGUGGUGAGCGACGGCGUGUCGGACGAAUGGCGCGCCCGCAUGGACGACGUCGAGGUCAUGCCCCUCACCGCCUACGCCGCCGCACCUGGCUACAACAUACCCGAGCUUGCCGGCCGCGAGCUUGUCCUGGACUUUGAAACCAUCGCGCUCAUCUAUUUAGGUAAUAUCACGCAUUGGAACGACAGUCGUAUUGCGGGGAUCAACGAGCCCGAGGUGGCGGCUCUGCUGCCCGAUCGGCCCAUCACGGUGGUGACCAUGUCGAUCGUGUCUGCGCUCACGCAGCUGUUCACCUCGGUGCUCGCCGAUCGGGUGCCUGAAUUCCGCGACCGUGUGGGCGCCGGGCCGCUGGUCGCCUUCCCCGUGCAGAGCGACACCAACCGCUCGAUCGUCAUCGCCAGCAACGGCGUCGCCGCCGAACUCUCGGCCACCCCUUACUCCUUCGCCUUUUGGGUCUACUACGACAUCAUCCUGACGCGGCAUAUCGAGGCAGCGGCGAUGAUCAACACGGCGGGCCACAUCACGCGACCCACGACGUCGGCCCUCGUGAGCGCGCUGCAGGACUACCUGGCCUCGGGCGCGCCGUUGGACUUCAAGACCCUGGCGCUCGGGCCGAGCAACGACAGCUGGCCGAUGGCCAUGUUCGGCGCCUUCAUCUAUCGCCAGCGCACCAUGCAGGACUGCAGCGAGGCCGCCGCACUCGCCAGCUUCCUCUACUGGACCCAGACCGACAUCGCCGCCACACGCACAGCCGAGAGGCAGGGGUUCGUUCUGCCGACGAUGGCGACGGCGAUCAAGCGCCUCUUCUUGAAUCAGCUCAAGAAUUUCACGUGCGGCGGCGUGGCGGUGAGCGACGUCCACAACUGCAUCUUCGACGGCGAGCUGUGCUCGGGGGUGGGCGAGUGCGUCAACAACGCGUGCGUGUGCGCGUCGGGCCGCGAGGGCCAGUACUGCGAGGGCUUCGUUGCGGCCAGCUCGUCCGCCGGCAGCGACCAGGCUCUGCCCAUCGCCCUCGGCAUCGCCAUACCGCUGGUGGCCCUCGUCAUACUGGGCCUGUGCGCGCUGAUCGUGGUGUUGGCGGUGGUGGCCAAGCGACGCGGCCGCGGUGGCGACGCGUGGGAGAUCGACUACGACGAGCUCGAGGUCGGCGAACAGCUGGGCGCCGGCGGGUUCGGCGAGGUGCGCAAGGCCACGUGGAAGGGCACCGAGGUGGCCGUCAAGGUCAUGGCCUCGGAGAAGAUCACCAAGGACAUGGAGAAGAAUUUCAAGGACGAGGUGCGGGUGAUGACGGCGUUGCGGCAUCCCAACGUGGUGCUGUUCAUGGCGGCGUCGACCAAGCCGCCCAAGAUGUGUAUUGUCAUGGAGUUCAUGGCCCUCGGCUCCCUCUACGACGGGAUCGACCACCACAUCGUUAUUUCGCGUCGCAUCUACACUGCGCAGCUGCUUCACAACGAGCUGAUCCCGGAGCUGCCCUUUGCACUGAAGGCCAAGAUGGCCUACCAGGCCUCCAAGGGCAUGCACUUCCUCCACUCCUCCGGCAUCGUGCACCGCGAUCUCAAGUCGCUCAAUCUGCUCCUCGACAGCAAGUGGAACGUCAAGGUGAGCGAUUUCGGCCUCACCAAGUUCAAGGAGGACAGCCACGCAGCGAAGGACGUGGCGGGCAGCGUGCACUGGAUGGCGCCGGAGAUCCUCAACGAAUCGCCCGACGUCAAUCUCAUCUUGGCCGACGUCUACUCCUUCGGCAUCAUCCUAUGGGAGCUCCUUACCCGCGAGCAGCCCUACGCCGGCCUCAGCCCCGCGGCGGUGGCUGUGGCGGUGAUAAGGGACGGAGCGCGACCGCCGCUGCCCGACCUGGCCCCAUCGGGCUGCCCGCCCGAGUUCGAGGAGCUGAUCACCAGCUGCUGGCACCACGACCCCACCAUCCGCCCCACCUUCCUCGAGAUCAUGACACGCCUCUCCUCCAUGCACGGCGACUCCAAGCUCUCGGCCGGCGCCACGUCGACUAUGUCCUCCACCUCAUCAUCGUCGGGAGGCGAGCCGCACCUGGCCCGCACUUGGGGCUCGUGGACCUCCACCGGCGGCCCCUCACAGUCCGCCACGUCAUCAGGCUCGGGCUCGGGUUCGAGUCCGGGCGCGUCACGCAAGGACUCGUCAGCAGCGGCGGCCGGCACUGCGCUGGCGCGUGCGCCCAAGGGCGAGGUGGCGAUCGUGUUCACCGACAUCACGCGCGCCGCGUCGCUCUGGGAGUUCAACGCCGAGGCCAUGCGCGACGCGACGAUCCUGCACAACGAGGUCCUGCGCGCGGCGCUCAAGCGGUACCGGGGCUACGAGGUGGUGUUCAUCCGCGACCGCAACAGCGGCGAGGGCUCGUUCUGCAUGGCCUUCCAGCAGGCGAGCGACGCGCUGGCCUGGUGCGCCGACGUGCAGCAGGCCCUGCUCAAGGUCGACUGGCCUGAGGCCCUGCUCGACCACCCGGGCGCCUCCAUCGAGUGGGGCGACACCGACGAUCGUGUGGUGUACAAGGGCCUGCGGGUGCGGAUGGGGGUGCACGUGGGCACGCCCAAGGCGGUGCGCGACCCGAUGACGCGGCGGGUGGAGUACAUCGGGCCGGUGGUGAACGCCGCGGCCCGCAUCACGGCCAUGACCCACGGCGGCCAGAUCGUGCUCAGUCACGCCGCCCACGCCAAGCUCGGCACGGACGUCGGCUUGAAGGACAACCUCCGCGUUGUGUGUCUGGGCCGGUUCGAGAUGCCUGACGCGCCCCGAGGGGCCAAGCUGUACGAGCUUAAGGUGGCGGGGCUCGAGGGUCGUUUCUUCGGCGGCGUGACGGGUGACGAGGACAGCGAUCCGCCCAACAACAGGGAUGACAACAGCGGCGACGGCCAGCCCAAGGCGGCCACGAGCGGGAACGCGGGCGGCGGCGGCGGCGGGCUGGAGCUGCAGACGGCGGUGGGCGAGGGCAUGAUGUUCAAGGAGGACACCUUCCUCACGUCGGCCAACCUGUGCCGCUGGAUCAUUGACUUCCACGAGAUCCAGGUGGGCCGUCAGGUGGGCCUCGGUUCCUACGGGGCGGUCUACCGCGGCAAGUGGAAGGGCGUCGAGGUGGCGGUCAAGCGGUUCAUCAAGCAGAAGCUCGACGAGCGGCGCAUGCUCGAGUUCCGCGCCGAGAUGGCCUUCCUGUCGGAGCUUCACCACCCCAACAUCGUCCUCUUCAUCGGAGCGUGCGUGAAGAAGCCGAAUCUGUGCAUCGUGACUGAGUUCAUGAAGCAGGGCUGCCUUAGGGACAUCCUGGCCAACCACUCCGUCAAGCUGGCCUGGAAGCACAAGCUGCGGCUGCUGCGAUCGGCCGCGCUGGGCAUCAACUACCUGCACUCGCUCCACCCGGUCAUCGUGCAUCGCGACCUCAAGCCCUCCAACCUCCUCGUGGACGAGAACAUGAACGUGAAGGUGGCCGACUUCGGGUUCGCGCGCAUCAAGGAGGAGAACGCCACCAUGACCCGCUGCGGCACGCCCUGCUGGACGGCGCCCGAGGUGCUGCGCGGCGAGAAGUACGACGAGCGCGCCGACGUGUUCUCGUUCGGCAUCAUCAUGUGGCAGGUGGCCACGCGCAAGGAGCCCUACGCUGGGCGCAACUUCAUGGGCGUGUCGCUCGACGUGCUCGAGGGCAAGCGGCCCCAGAUCCCCAACGACUGCCCGCCCGAGUUCAAGAAGGUGAUGAAGAAGUGCUGGCACGCCCAGCCCGAGAGGCGACCGCGCGCCGACGAACUGGUCACCUUCUUCGACCAGCAGGUGGGCGACGACGAUGCCGAUGGCAGCUUCAUCGCUUUGGCAUGA